CCAGUCACGCGAUAGGUACAGGUACCCAACAAAAAUCUGAUUUCAUGGAAAUCGGUGCUUCCGAAUUGUGACUUACAUCAUCAACAGAUCAAUUACUCUGGACAUUGUGCUCACUGAAAAGCGCAAGCACCAUGUCUCAAGGUGAAGCCAAGGUCAUACUUACGGAGCCCCUUCUCGAGAGCGAGGCGGUGUGGACAAAGCUUGUGAAGAAGACAUACAGAGACCCCAAUGGCGUAAAGCGGACGUGGGAGUCGGCCGAGCGGCGCACACGGCCAAAGGACAGCGAAAUCGAUGGUGUCGGGAUUGUCGCCAUUUUAGAGAAAGAAACCGGUCCAGAAAUUGUGCUUCAGAAACAGUACCGUCCACCAUUGGACAAGAUCGUCAUUGAGCUCCCUGCAGGGCUCGUCGACGAAGGUGAGACGGCGGAGCAGGCGGCGAUCCGAGAGCUUAAGGAGGAGACAGGCUAUGUAGCCGAGGUGCUCGAGACUUCGCCCAUCAUGUUCAACGACCCUGGCUUCUGCAACACCAACCUGCGCAUGGUUCACGUCAGCGUUGACAUGAGUCUUCCUGAGAACCAAGAUCUGAAGCCCGAACUUGAAGAGAACGAAUUCAUUGAGGUUUUUCUCGUCAGACUGGACUCGCUCUGGGAGGAGUGCAAAAGACUCGAGGCCGAGGGUUAUGCCAUCGACGCACGGAUAGCGAACCUUGCCGAAGGAAUCGAGCUCGCGAAGAAGUUCAAGCUCUAGCGGCCGCGGGUAGCGAGACGGAUAUAGUGAGAUAGACAGGUAUGGGGAUAGACGGGGAGUUGGACGGAGGGAAGGGAAACGCCUGCAUAUAGAGAGUGAUACCU